UAAGGUCCAAGCCAUCCACUCCAAUCACCCAGCUCUUUAUCCCCCAAGAUUCCCCUUUUCUUGAGUUCUUCCUCGUACUAUCUCUUCAAUCUUCUCCAUCUCAUCGAACCACAAAUGCAAUUCAUCAUUGCAGCCGCUCUUCUCGUCUUAUUACCCCCCGCCACCGCCGGAUACCCCUCUCCAUCAUCCACCGUACCUGCCUUUCCUCUCGCUGGCGGCAACCGCUCCGCCGCCGCUUCCGCCUGCCAGCUCGACCUAUCUUCUGAGAUGUUUGGCGGCGUCGAAGAAGCCUGCGGCCGCGGUCCAAACCUCGACCGCAGCCGCUGCUGCCCUGUUCUUGCAGCCUGGCUAUUUGCUGCCCACGCCCGCUCCGCCCUCCAAUUCCGACAGUCUUCGCCUCCGCCGGAGAUGGCCGGAGACUCCCUCCCGAUGAUGCCAGAGACUGAGUCACAACAAUGCGCUGAAGCGCUGCAGAACUCCCUCGCCGCGCGUGAUAUUAGCUUCCCUCGCCCUAACGCAUCUUGUGAUGCUGUGCUCUGUUUCUGCGGUAUACGGUUACAUGAAAUGGGGUCGCUUUUUUGCCCGGCAGCCUUCAAUAUUUCCGGCGGCGGAGACGGUGAUGGCGGUAGAGUCAGGCCCACCGCUGGAGUUCGCGCUCUGGAACGCGAUUGCCGUAAUGCAUCGUACUCUGGAUGUACACGAUGCCUUGGUUCUCUAGAGAAGCUGAAGAGUGGGAACGGCGGAAGCGGCGGCGACGGGAAGAGGGAGGAGAAGAUGAUGGACAGAGACUGCCGGCUGAUGGGGCUAACUUGGCUACUGGCGAGGAAUAAGUCGACCUACAUCCCAACGGUAUCUGCCGUUUUGAGGGCGAUUUUGUACAGCCCUCACCCGCCGACGCCGCCGUACCGAUGCAGUCCAGAUCAGGAGAACAUGCCGCUCGCCGCCGACUCUGUCCAGUUUGAUCGCGCCGCUGCGGCUUCCGGCCAGAGUGGGUCUGUUUCCCGUUUUGCCCCUGGUAUCGCGGUUUAUUUUCUGUUUUCCUUCAUUGUAGCUGUUCACGUGGGACUGUAGGCGGAGUGUCUUUUUUGGUCCGUUGGGUGGUGAUGUACAUGUGAUUGGAUGUGUUUCUUUUUAUUCGAUGUGGCUGAACGUUGAUUGAAUGUGUACCGGAAAAAAAAAUGUGUGAGUGAUAUAUUUAUGCAAAAUGUUUUGUGCGGGAUUUAAAAUUUUUAGAUUUAUGUUAAGAUUAAUAAUAUAUUGAAGAAUUGCCGAA